UUUUAAUUCAAGAAAGAUAUAAGAUGCUUCAAGCCCAGAACUCUAAUGCAAUAUUCUGGUUAACGUAAGUGUUUUUGUUGAGCAUGGUUACCAAUCCCAAGGUUUUCUUUGACAUUUCAAUCGGCGGCACUUCUGUUGGCCGAAUAGUAUUUGAACUAUAUUCUGAUACUACGCCCUACACGGCCGAAAACUUCCGUGCUUUGUGCACCGGAGAGAGAGGAAUUGGCCACAAUGGCAAGCCCCUUCACUAUAAGGGUUCAUUGUUCCACAGUGUGAUCCCUGGCUUCAUGUGUCAGGGUGGAGAUUUCAUCGCCGGAAACGGCACCGGCGGAGAGUCGAUCUACGGUAGGUUCGCCGACGAGAACUUCGUGAAGAAACACACCGGACCUGGCAUUCUGUCCAUGGCUAACCCUCGGCCCGACUUCAAUACAUCUCAGUUCUUCAUCUGUUUUGCUAAGACUCAGUGGCUCGAUGGGAAGCAUGUCGUGUUCGGACAUGUUACUGAGGGUAUGGAUGUUGUGAAGGAGAUCGAGAAAGUCGGUUCCAACAGUGGUAGUACUUCUCAGAAAGUUGUGAUAGUUGAGUGCGGUCAGAUCUAAAUAAUAAUAAUAAAAAAAAGUCUCUUAAUUUGAUCUUCGUGAUCCAACCUUGGGUUGGAUGAGUCCUAAUUAGUGGGAUUAGGGUUUGUUCUAAUCUAGUCUGUGGGCGGUGUUGAUGCAGGUUUGGAGACUUUGUAUAUGUAGAUGAUGAUUAUAAACUUUUUUUUUUUAAUCUUUUCUUUAUCUUUUUUUGUAGUUUGAACUCUUAAAAUUGAUGGGAUCUGAAUUUCUCUAUUGUAUAUAUGGUUCCCAUGAUGGAUAUUA